AUGAUCUCAGAACUAAUAGCUAAAGAUGAGUCAAACUUUGGUAGCAUUCCAAGAGCAGUAUUUAUAUCUUCUAUAAAAGAUUUUGUGGGUGAACGUCCAAUUAAUCAAAUACUUGAGAAUACUCAGAUACUUUAUAGAAAGUACAGGCUUAUGGAAGCUUCUAUUAAAUCACAACAGGAGUCUUUAGUUGUAAAACUUCCAGAUAUUGAAUCAGCUUUAGAGACAGUUAGAUAUCGCAAGAAGAUACUGGUAGAAAGUACUGCUAAUCAAACAUUCUAUUUCCCCCUGGCUGAUAAUAUCCUUGUUAGGGGUCUAGCUGAACCAUCUGAUAAGAUUUACUUGUGGCUAGGAGCAAAUACGGUCUUAGAAUAUAAUUUGGAUGAAGCUGCUGAUGUCCUGGCUAGUAACCUAGCUGCAGCUGAAAAGACAGUGAAGUUUUAUCAAGACUCACUAGACUUUAUUCGAGAGCAGUUAACAAUCCUAGAUGUAAACACAGCUAGGAUUCACAACUAUGGAGUAACUAUACAGAAGUCUAAGUAA